AUGGGAGAUAUAACUUGGGUUGAGGAAGGUAACAGCAAUUUAACUAGCUCAAGGAGAAGGAAAGCUAGACCUAAACGGUUUGAGUUUAUAGGGUGGGGCUCAAAACAACUCAUUAAGUUUCUCCAGUCUCUUGGUAAAGACACAACAAACAAGAUCUCCAGGUUUGAGGUUAGUGAGACUAUUUCAAGGUACAUUGCUGAGAAUGGUUUGAUAGAUUCUUCAAGCAAGAAGAAAGUUGCGUGUGACCAUAGGUUGAUGUCGCUUUUCGGGGUUAAGACGAUACUGAGGAUCAAAGUGUAUGAUCUACUGGAGAAGCAUUAUGAGGAGAAUCAGGAUGAUGCGGAGUUUGAUUAUCUUUAUGAGGAUGAGGCUCAGAUUGUGAGUUUUUCGGAGAAGGUGGUUAAGGUAAGAAAGGUUGUUGAGAAGCCUAGAGGUAUUUUUGCUGCUAUCGUGAGUGAGAAUGUCAAGCUUGUUUAUUUGAGGAAGAGUUUGGUUCAGGAGCUGGUUAAGUCUCGGGACAGUUUUGAGGGUAAAAUGUUGGGGAGUUUUGUGAGGAUUAGGUCUGACCCUAAUGAUUAUCUUCAGAACAACCCUUAUCAGCUUGUUCAGGUCACAGGCGUGAAGAAGGAGCCUGAGACUGACGGUUUUCUUCUUCAGGUUACAAAUUGUGUGAAAGACGUUUCUAUCUCUGUGCUAUCUGAUGAUGAUUUCUCCAAGGAGGAAUGUGAAGAUUUACAUCAGAGAAUAAAGAACGGAUCUCUUAAGCGGCCCACAAUUGUGGAGAUGGAAGAAAAGGCUCGAAGUUUACAUGAAGAACAGACGAAACACUGGCUUGGAAGAGAAUUGGCAUUGUUACAAAAGCGUAUUGCUCGGGCCACUGAGAAGGGAUGGCGAAGAGAAUAUCCUUUUUACUAUAUAUUUAUAUAUAUUUUUGUUUUUACGCUGUCUGAGUAUCUGGAUAGAAGGGAGCUUCUUCAGACUCCAGAAGAACAGUCCCGGCUAUUUCGUGAAGUUCCGGAAGUUAUUGGAGAGGAACUUGUAGUACCAAACCCUGAAGCGUCCCCUGAGGCUCAUAAGAGUGACAAUGAACAACAAUUGAGCGAAUCUCCAAUGUCGAGCAUCCAAGAAACUCCAGAAGUCCGCAACCUCUUUGGUGGAGAAGAUCAACAAUGUAAUGGUUUUCUGAUGUCAAACACCAGCACAGCUCCGAGAAUCACCACGUCUUAUGCGAUGGACUUAAAUGGGAGAUUGACAACAUGGAGUGCUUCUGCAGGUGAUGAAUAUCUUCAUAGAGAUGUGGAGCAGCCAGAAAAUGGCAUCACUGGAGAAGAGACGCCGACUAAAGAGCCUGAAGUUGCUCAGCUUCAGUCAAGCAUACCAGUAUUGAAUCAUAACAACGGAUCUCAAGCUCAACCAAAUCCGCCAGAGAUAAUAGAACUGAGCGAUGGUGAGGAAGAUGAGAACGGUGAUGGAGAGACUCUAGACCCUACGGUUGAACAUGUUCAGGUUGUGUCUUAUGAUAAAGAGAAGUCAAACUGGUUCUACAAAGAUCCUCAGGGUGAUAUACAAGGACCUUUCUCUCUCAGAGAACUGAAAGCUUGGAACGACGCAGAGUACUUCUACAAAGGCUUCAAGGUUUGGAUGGGAGGACAGAGUCUGGACUCUGCGGUUUUACUAACCGAUGUUCUUCGUCAAGUUUAG